UAAAAAAAAAAGUUUAGAUGAUACUAGAAAAGAGUUGCAAAGUUAUAUUAAUGAACUAAAUACGUAUUUUCUUUAGAAAAAUAUCCGGAAAUACAUUUUUUUAUUUUAAGAAGAACCCCAGAAAGAUUAUUACAAUUAUUUUGUAUAUAUUUUUCUAAAUCGAUUCAAGAAAGGCGCCUUCUCGGUUAAUACGUCAUACGUACGCGCCAUUUCUUGACUCUCAGUAGGCGUACUGUUUCUUAUUUUUACCACCAGUAUUCAGACAAAUCUCACCUCCUGAGCUAGGAGUGGCUAGAUAUAUCCCAAAUCUGGCGACUGAAGACUCCGGAUUGGGGAACUCCAUGUGUGAACGAUAUUAUAACCAAUAGUAACGCAGCAGGCGGGACUUGGCAGAGUAUAGGUAGUGAAAUUUGUUGCAGAACGCGUGCGCGUGUCUCGGAAAGCUCUUAUUGGCUACAGGGCGGUUAAAGGUACUAUGCUGAUCGCUGAUUGGCCAGCGCGUUUUUUGACGCGAAAUUCAAACUAUGUAGUAACUGGCGCUUUUUCCCUCUCGGUUUUCAUUAGUCAGUGGCGUCUGGAUUUGACCGCGUAAAUCGCUUAUGUUGAGUUAGUGUACAGUAACGCGCGCCAGGACAGUUGCUUUCAUUUGUAAAGCUCGUAUAUGUAUAUAUAUAAAAGAAUAAAACCUGGAGCUUUAUUUUCGAGUUUUGUGGUGAGCAGACUGUAAAGGCGCCGCUAUGAAGUGUCUGACCCGCAGCAGAGCUUCAGCAGAGAAAGCGGAACCGGAAACGAGCGCCGAGUUAAAGGGACUUAAGAAAAGCGCGCCAUCAUCUUCCUGCGUGUCUUCCUCUAUCUCUCACCACCUGGACAGCGACCCCAAAGGGCCUGAUAACAAAGAGAACUGCAAGGAAAAGCCCUGUUGUGUAGACGUGCUGUCUGAAGCCGAGGGUCUCCUGACCAGCUCGAGUCCCGCAGAAGACAGCGGCUACCUCUCUCUUCACAACAGCCAACUCGAGCUGAACCAUGAUGGCGACACGCACUGUACAGAGACGCUGGAGAGAUGCACAGAGGAACCGGGAUGCAGACUGUCCCCAGUUCAUUCAGACUCCAGCUCGGGUUGCCUUCCUGUGCUGAAGUUCCAGGAGGAGGUAUGCAAACAGUUGGCCAAAAGCUACAGGAAAAGCCAGAGCUAUGACUGGACUGUUGUUAAUAAGCUAGCAGGGCACUAUGGCCUCCAUCACAUCAUUGGUGCAAAGAUGGGCCUGGAGUAUGUAGACGUUCUUUGUGACCUGCUGAAGAAAGACAUGAAACACAUCCUGACCAGGAUCUUGGGCCUACUUGGGGAUUGUGACUUGAUAAACUGUAAAAAAGUGAGUAGGACGUGGCGGAAAAUCAUUCAGCAAGAUGACCGAGCCUUUCAGAGAUGCAUAAAAGCAGAGCAAAUAGUGGACUCGGGAAGGCCGACAGGUUCUUUAUCCAGAGACUUUGGCGUUAGCAGGGUGGUGUUUUCUUGCCUGCAGAGUGUAGCCUCUUCAACACCAGGACACAAACCCGUAAAGAAGACCCUCGGCCAAACCGACGGCACUGAAAACGCAGCCAAGCCAAGCCGCUUUGCAGAGUUUCAUGAGGCUACUAAAUCCCUGAAAGGGCACGAGGCUCUGAGGAGUUGCCGUCUCUGUGGUUCUCCUGCACGGUUUGACUCGGCCGUGAAAAGGGCCGCGUGUAUGCGGGCUAGCUGUGCUUUCGUCUUCUGCUCGCUGUGCCAGUCAGCGUACCACGGCUCCGCCCCGUGCCAGAGGGGCAUAAUCAAGGCAUCAUCACCACACUGCCAGACCAUGCCUUUAGCAGGUUCUGCUCGCAGCAAACGCAGCAUCCGGCGCCUCUGAGUACCGUUAACUCGGGAAACACAAUUUGCACCUUUUUAAAUUUGGCCUUUAUUGUAAAAAAAAAUAUAUAUUUUGAUACUUUUAUAAUGUGGACUUUUUUACUUAUGUUCCUUAGUGUCCUUGAAUGUGAAGUGAUGCAGGUCACUUUGUCUGUGGUCCUAGCACAUGUUUGUGUAUGAAUGCCAAAAAAAACGAUGAGAGGACUGAAUAGCCUUCUCCACUGAUACAGUAGAACAUUUUAUAAAUUUUAUAAUUAUACAUGUAUUAAUUAAAUUACUAUUUGUGUACCUUGUCCGAACAAAUUGUAAAUAUUUACAUGGCUGAAUAAAGAGUCCUAUAUUUUUUUAAACUUGUUUG